AUGUCGGCAUUCAUGGAUCCGGCGAUGCAUUUCCCCGUGAAAACCACCGCUACGUUCUCUGUUUCCAAGCCUGGGCUGAAGCUGGACCAGAUUGGGCUUGCAAAAAAAGCCAUUGCCCCCUCGAAGAGCUCGACUGUUGUACCAACUAUUGCUUCGAGAAUGGAGACGUCCGAUACCCGUAUCCACCACUUGAUCGAGAAGGAAGUAGCAGUGGUGGUGCCCAGUUGCUUCGACGCCCUGUCAGCUGCUCUGCUGGAGAAAACCGGGUUCAAAGCUGGCUGUAUCUCCGGUUAUGCUCCUUCUGCUUCCCUCCUCGCAAAACCCGACCUCGGUUUGCUCAUGCCACCGGAAAUGGCAGAGAGGGCUAGGUCGGUUUGUUCCGCAGUGCCAUUCAUGCCUAUCAUUGCUGAUGCUGAAUCUGGUGGUGAGAAUGCUCUCAACAUUCAGAGGACCAUCAAGGACUUGAUUGCUGCAGGUGCUGCUGGUUGCUUCUUGGAGGAUCAGGCAUGGCCUAAGCCAAGUGUGUGCACGCUCAUGAUACCAAGAUUGCAGGCUGGAGCUGAUGCUUCCUUAGUGGAGACACCAAGAUCCCUUGAGGAGCUCAUAGAAAUUGGAGAAAAAACUACUGGAUACAGAGUAUGUUACAUGGUAGAAGGUGGUGUAACUCCCAUGCUUACACCUGAGGAGCUCAAAUCAUAUGGUUAUCACUUGAUUGUUCAUCCGUUGACAACUCUUUAUGCCUCUGCACAUGCCAUGCUUGAUGUUCUGAAGGCACUGAAGGAUGAAGGAUCUACAAGGGAUCACCUGGACAGGAUGGCUACUUUUGAGGAAUUCAAUCAGUUGCUGAGUUUGGGUUCUUGGAUCAAGCUUGAAGCUUGGAUCUCAAACUUGAGAUAUGGUGCAUGCAAAUCAUGA